AUGCAUGAGUAUGAGGAGGCCAUCCGUAACCGAGCCAAGGGCGGUACGGAUGGCAAAGUCGUCCCCAUUAAGACGACCUUUGACGAAGGGUUGCUUCGGAUGUGGUGCCGCUUGCGCUGGCGCCUGUCAAUUGACGACGUUGCGGAUGAACUGAUCCUAACCGAAAUUGACAAAAUCAUCUCAAGUGUAAAGAACAAUAGUGUUCCUGAUGUAGAUCACGAAACGCGUGAGAUGCUAAGGAUGGACCUGUCUGAAAGCGAUGUGAGCGAGCGAGUAAUCCAGUAUUUCAAGCUCUGCCAUGACAUCAUACACGACCACGGUCGGCAACAAUUCUUCACUGGAAAAGAUGGCAGGCAGCAAUUGUGCCGUGUUCUCAUUGUUUCGCUUGAGCCCCAUUUUUUGCAAGAAGAAGUGGUGGGUACAGUACGUUUCCAGGCUAGAAAUGCUAAGUCUGACGAGGUUGCCCUCCAUGAUUUAGUAUUGGAAAAGGCACUCGACCAGGAAAAAUCUGCCCUGCUUGUCUGGGUAAUUUUUCCAACCUUCACUCGUACACGAGCUGGGGUCAGGACUGGGUGGUAG